AUGUGGGUGCUGCGAGAGACGGUUGUAGCUCUCAUGGUGGUUUUGGAUAUGGGCCACGUAACACUGAGGGCGAGCGAAUUCUCUGAUAUACAGACUCGCCAUUGAGAUCGUUACGGCUGUGAAGAGGAUGAAAUCAGGCAAAGCAAACGGUCCUGA